AAAGGGAGAGAGAAGAGCCAAAACCAUGGGCAGUUUUCCAGAACCGCAGAACCCAAAACCGGCUGCUCCGCUCCUUGUAUGUACAAAUCUUCUUAUGCCUCUCUCUCUCUCUCAUCCCUGUCACUCAACUCUCUCUCUCUCUCUUCUGUUUAAAUUUUUCAGAGAAAAAGCUGAGAAACCACCAUUACCAUUGUCAUUACCUUUACCAUUAUCAUUACCACCCACCAAGACCAGAUCUUUUCUUUCGUUUGUUUUGACGUAACAUAAUAAGUCUCUGACUUUGUUCCAAUCUCUGACUCGCCGGUGCUUUCGACAGGCUGCUUUUGCUGGUUAUUGGAGCUGCAAGUGAUAAUUUAGCUGUUUUGUCAUCUGGGUCGUUUUCUUUUUGUGGGAAAUUUAUUACUUUUUGGAUGGAAGCCAAUGGUUUAGGCGGAGGUGGGUUGUUUUCAGCCAUGGGGUCUGGAAUGCUUGGCCUAGAAAUGCCUCUUCAACCGCAACAGCAAAACCCUCGCCAUUUGCAGCAUCCACAGAUGGUGGGUUAUGCCCAUCACGAUCCCGCUGAUCAGCACCCGCAAACUCAGCCAUCUCUCAAACAUGGCUACACUUAUGGCCCCACUUCGAAGUCGAAGCAAGUGGCCCUUAGUGAUGAAGAUGAGGCAGGGUUUGGUGCCGAUCAUGAUGGGACUAAUGGCGAUGGGAAGAGGAAAAUGUCCCCAUGGCAGAGAAUGAAGUGGACAGACAGCAUGGUUAGGUACCUAAUUAUGGCGGUUUACUACAUUGGCGAUGAUGGUGGCUUGGAAGGAACUGACCCUGCGGCGAAGAAGAAGCCGUCUGGAGGGCUGUUGCAGAAGAAAGGGAAAUGGAAGACGGUGUCGCGGGCGAUGAUGGAGAAGGGGUUUCAUGUCUCUCCUCAGCAAUGCGAGGACAAGUUCAAUGACUUGAACAAGAGGUAUAAGAGGGUGAAUGACAUACUUGGUAAAGGAACAUCUUGCCGGGUUGUGGAGAAUCAGAGCUUGUUAGACUCGAUGGACUUAACGCCGAAGAUGAAGGAGGAGGUUCGGAAAUUGCUCAAUUCCAAGCACCUUUUUUUCAGAGAAAUGUGUGCUUACCACAAUGGUGGAGCGCACCAGUCUCCGGAGCUUGUAUUUGAGCCAUCCAACAUCCACCCUAAUCAGCAGCCCUAUCCGCAACCAUGCUUUCACUUGAAGGAAAGCGCCCAAAUGGUAGGCAGGCAAGACACUGAAGCAUUGAAAAUGAUAAAAACUGGAAGUGCGGGUGAAGAUGAGGAGGAAGACGAUGAAGAUGAUGAUUCUGAUGAAUAUGACGAAGCGGACGAAGACGAGGAAGCUGAUGGGGGUUCUCGGGGUCAAAUCGGUCGUGGACAUGAUCAUGAUGACGAAGACAACUGCGAAAGACAGCCUGCCAAAAGGCCAAGGAAGGAAGCCUUAUCUGGGACCACCCAAUUGAUACAACAUUUCAGAAGUGAAAUUCUCGGUGUGGUCCAAGACGGGUUGAGGAGUCCGUGGGAGAAGAAGCAGUGGCUGAAGGUGAGGAUGUUACAGUUGGAGGAGCAGCAAGUGAGCUACCAAUGUGAAGCUUUUGAGCUGGAGAAGCAAAGGCUCAAGUGGAUCAAGUUUAGCAGCAAAAAGGAGAGGGAAAUGGAGAAAGCCAAGUUUGAGAAUGAAAGGCGAAAGCUCGAGAAUGAGAGAAUGGUGCUGAUUAUCCGUCAAAAAGAGCUCGAGUUGUUGGAUCUCCAUCAUCGCCAGAAUCAGCAGCAGCAGCAUUCUUCGAACAAGAGGGGUGGCGGUGAUCCGUCUUCCAUUACAGCAUAGUGUGGAUAGUUUUGUUGAUAGUCACAACAAUAGGGCUCACAUUUUGUAGUUUAGAAACCAGUCAUUUGGAUGAAGGAAAGGAAAAUAAUAAUCUUUCGUUUUGGCUAU